AUGGCCGAACUGCCGCAGCCAGAGCCUCAAGAGGUCGUGCUCAGAAUAGCACUUCCCUCUUCGUUGGGCCAGAAAAUCGAGUAUGUGGAAACCCACCAUACUUUGCAGGACACCGUCAGUGACAUCAAGGAAGCCUUGGCUGCAAGCUCUAUGUUGAGCCAAUUGACGAACUUUAGUUUGUUUUAUGGCGAGGUGAAUGUGACGGAUGAGUUUGAUGAUUUUGCGGUGUUGGAAGAGGUUUUCAAUGCUCCAGGCAAGUUUGAGCUUCAGUUGAGUGAGAGAGCUUACUCUUUGAAAGAGGUGUAUGAUCACCUUCUUAGGUUUAGAGAGAGUAUUGGUAUGAACUUCUUCGACCAUGCUGCUCGUUCGCAGGGUAUUGGCGCUGGUAGCGUGAAAUUUAACCGCUUGGGCUUGGGCGAAGUGAAGAAGAACGAAGAGAAGGAGGAAGUGAAGGAAGAGAAGAAGGACGAUGAGCCUGAAACUACCGAGGUCACCGAAAAGGAGAAGGCUGAUAUCAAGGCUAUUGUGGAAAAGCUUAUUGAGCCAAGAGAGACCAACAUCGUCAAGUUUGCAUCUGCAGACUCUGUUCUUAGCUCUUGGAAGCUUCCAGUCAAGUCUCUUACUUUGUCGCAGUGGACUGUUCCACAGCUCCAGAAGGCCAAGGGCGAUUUGCUUUACCUUACUUUGACUACUUUAGAGAGCGAGACUUUCUCCAUCACUUGUCAUGCUUCAGGCUUUUUUGUCAACCGUUUGUCCAACGCCAACUUUGACCCAUCGUUGAAGAUCAAUGAAAAGGGUGCUUUCCACCGUGAGUACAUUUUCCACAACUUGGUUGCCGCCUUGUCGCCUAAGUUCACUGCCACCAUCGAGGAGAACAAGCAAGCUAUCUCUAAAGGUUCUCAGUUUGCUGAGAGUUACUUGAUUCCUUCUCAGGCUUCCAUUACAUACCCAUGGGCAGUCACCGACACUCAAGUGAAGAACUCCAUUGUUCCAGACUACUUCCGCUCCCAGCUUCCCGUGAUUUCCAACGGUGUGGACGGCGCUGAUUACGUCAAGGACUGGAACGAGGAGUACCAGGGCAUUAAGGAGUUCUCCAAGGACUCUUUCAGCGAGCGUUUGCUUAGAGAGAAGUUGCUCAACAAGUACAUCCAAGAGUUCAGUCAGAUCUCUGCCUCCACCGCUGUGGAGAUUCUUAGAGGCAACAUUCCUCCUUUGAAUCCUGGCGAGGCCAAGGAUGACCAUAUCUUCUUGAGAAACAACAUUUCUAUAGUUUCGGUGUCAAUGCUACCGGCUGCUCGUUACUGUUUCGGUAAAGAUUUGGCUACCGUCAAGCUUUUGAACAGACUUGAUGUUCAGGGCGUCAGCAACUUGCUUACUUGUAUUGUUGACUAUUUGGGCCAAAGAGUUGUCUGUCAGGCUCCAGUUCCUGGUGUGUUUGCUGACCAAACUGACGAGAACGGUGAACUGAUUGACAAGAUUGUUCAGGGCUACUCUCACGACAACAAUGUCAUCCAUACUUCUGAAGAGUUUAACAACGUUUUGAAGCCUAUUGGUGAAGCUUUCCACUUGAAGUCGCAUAACGUCAAGUUGGCUUCUGGCGCCAGCACCGAGCAAGAGAUUGCCCUUUCCAAGGAUGCUAAGUGUAUCGUUGGUACUGACCACAGAAAGUACGUUAUCGACUUGUACAGAACGACUCCAUUGGAUAUUGAGUUCUUGGACGCUCACUAUGACGGUUCUGAAACCUCUUACCCUCACAAGGAGGCUUCCUUGAGACACGAUGCUGUCGAGGAAUGGUACAAGAGAAAGGCUGCUGCUUUGUUCAAGGUGGAAACCGAGAGAUUGGACAAGGAAGGAAAGCUUGAGGGUGACGAGAAGCCUCAGGUUGCUAUUCCAGUUGAUCAGAUUGUUCUCAACCCAGACACCUUCACUGGUGUUGACGAGCUGAAAUCUGACCAGGAUGACGUCAGAGAAGUGUCCUCCUUCAUCAAGAAGCAGUUAAUUCCAGAGUUUUUGGACGAUGUGACCAAGAACCUGGUGCCAUUCGAUGGUGCCCACUUGACUGCUCUCAUGCACCGUUUGGGUAUCAACAUGAGAUACUUAGGCUACAUCACUGAAGAGUCGGUUAAGAGAGUUGAGCAGUUCGAGAAGGAGAAUGAAGAGUCUAUUAAGACCAACGAGGCUGAGAUCGCCAAGAAGGCCGAGGAGGAGAAGAACAAGACUGACGAGGAAAAGAAGGAGGAAGAAGAGAAGAAGAAGAACGAAGAGGAGAAGGAAGAGGAAAAGAAACAGUCUACUGCCAAGCUUGUCCCUGUCAGAGCAAACAUGGUUGCUCUUCAAGAACUCGCUGUUCAAGAGAUGAUUGUCAGAUCUGCCAAGCACGUUAUCCGUAAACUUGGUAAGAACGUUCCUUUCCUUUUGAAGCCAUACUUCAUCGCUCACUUCCACAACUGUUUGUUGGGCCAGGGCGUGAACAAGACUCCAGAGGUCGAAAUUGAUGCUUCUCUCAAGCCAUUGUUCUCCAAGACUGAAACUGCCUUUACUUCUCUCACUCCAGAAGAUGUUAUCAAGGCAGUUGAGAAGGAAGUCUUCUCUCGUUUCAGAUACUCGCUUUCUUCCAACUGGGCCGACCAGAUCAAGCCAUUGAGCUUGAUGAGAGAGAUUGCCAUCAAGGUUGGUAUCCAAUGGAAGGCACAGCCAUACGUCUUCACCAAGGAGGAGUUCGAAGCUAGACCUCUGACUGCUGCCACUGAAACUGACGUGUCUUCUGUUGACUUCAAGUCAAGAAGAAAGGGUAAGGGUAAGGGCCACAAGCGUCAAGAGAAGACUGCUGAGGUGUCUGCUCCUGUCCAGCGUACCAGUGUUUUUGUUGCUGACGAUGUCGUGGACAUUGUUCCUGUUAUCAAGGACGCCAGCUACAGAUGUUCUAUGGUUGAUGAGGUUUAUGAAACAGCCAAGAGCCACCUCAACAAGGGAGACGUCGAAGUUGGUACUACUCUCAUGACCGAGUUGAUUUCCUUCUACCAGCAAAUUUACGGAUCUGUGAACAGCGAGAUUUCGUCUCUUUACUCCACCUUGGCUCAGUUCUACGCUGAAAGAAAUAUGACUGGUGAAGCAUCUAUUGCAGCACGUAAGGCUAUUAUUUUGAACGAGAGAAUCCACGGUACCGACAGCUACGAGACCGUCAACUCGUACAUCAAGGCUUCUUUCUUUGACAGUCUCAACAAGGACCAUGCCAGCGCUUUCGCUCUUAACGCUCGUGCCCUCGAGUUGUGGGAAGAGAUCUACGGUCCUAACCACCCUAACGGUGUCAGCACCUUGACCAAUUUUGCUGCUAUUUUGCAAGAAAUGAAGCUUUCUAAGGAGGCCAGCAAGCUUUUCGGCCAUGCCAUCGAGGUUUCCGAGAAGUUGAACGGUGAGGUUUCUGAUAUCACUGCUCUUAUCAGACACCGUUACGCCAUCUCUUUGGUUCACUUGGGCAACUACAAGGGUGCACAGGACGAGUUUGCAAAGGCCGGUGAUGUCUUCAGCAAGCUUGUGGGACCAGACGAUGCUCUUGCCAAGGAGUGUCUGAACUUCGUUACCCAGAUCAAGACCUAUGUGGCUUACAAUGAACACCAGGCUGCCGAACAAAGAAAGCAGCAGAAUGGUAAAGCUAAGGUUCCUGCCAAACCUAAGGUUCAACAGCCACAACCAGCUCAGAAGACCAAGGGUGGUAAGAAGAACCAGCCUACAGUUUCUGAUCCUUCCAUCGCUUCGAAGUCUGUGGACGAGAUCUUGCAGUUCAUUGAAGGCAACAAAAAGAGCCUGAAGAAGAACAAGAAGAAGAACUAG